CCUCUCUGUCACUCUCUUUCUCUGUCUCCACUUGACCUUUACGACCUCUCUGUCACUCUCUUUCUCUGUCUCCACUUGGCCUUUACUCUGUCACUCUCUUUCUCUGUCUCCACUUGGCCUUUACGACCUCUGUCACUCUCUUUCUCUGUCUCCACUUGACCUUUACGACCUCUCUGUCACUCUCUUUCUCUGUCUCCACUUGACCUUUACGACCUCUCUGUCACUCUCAUUCUUUUAGAUUCCCUCUCUCCAUUCAGUCUUUCUACCUCUCCCAAUAAGGUAUGCCUGGAGCAAAUAGCCAGUAGCCUGCCUUGUCUGAAAUCAACGGGACAAUCUAUUUAGUUAAUAAGAAACCAAGCACUCUCUCUCUCUCUCUUCUUCUUUCUCUCUCCCCCAAUUUUCUCUCCCUCCUCCCACUGUCCAUCCCUCCACCCCUCCUCCUCCUGUCCCUCUCCAUCCCUCCAUCCCUCCCCCUCUCCAUCCCUCCUCCCACUGUCCAUCCCUCCACCCCUCCUCCCCCUGUCCCUCUCCACCCCUCCACCCCUCCAUCCCUCCUCCCCUCUCCAUCCCUCCACCCCUCCAUCCCUCCUCCCCUCUCCAUCCUCCUCCCCCUGUCCCUCUCCAUCCCUCCUCCCCUCUCCAUCCCUCCACCCCCCUCCAUCCCUCCCUCCCCUCUCCAUCCCUCCUCCCCCUGUCCCUCUCCAUCCCUCCUCCCCUCUCCAUCCCUCCUCCCCCUGUCCCUCUCCAUCCCUCCCUCCUCCCCCUGUCCCUCUCCCCCCCUCCCUCCCUCCUCUCCCUCCCCCUCUCCACCCCCUCCAUCCCUCCUCCCCCCCUCCCCCUCUCCACCCAUCCCUCCCCCCUCCCCCUUCCCUCCUCCCCUCUCUCCCCUCCCCCUCCCCCUCCCCUCUCCCCCCCUCCCACCCUCCUCUCCCUGUCCCUCUCCCUCCCUCCCUCCUCCCCUCUCCCAUCCCUCCUCCCCCUCCUCCCCCUCCCCCUCUCCCCCCCUCCACCCCUCCUCUCCCCUGUUCCCUCUCCAUCCCUCCCUCCUCCCCCUGUCCCUCCCUCAGAAGCAUCAUGAGUGUGUGACCAGUUGGGAGUUCUUGGUGUCUCUGAGGUCAGGGAAGCAGGGGGACUGCCCCCCUCCCCAGCGAGCCAUGGGAUUCGCUGCCGCCUGCGUGGAGAGCUGCUCCGCUGACAAACACUGCUCCACUUCCAAGAAGUGCUGCUCCAAUGGCUGCGGACACACCUGCCAGGCUCCAGCCAAUCUCUAUAAAGGUACAUCCCACUAUAUCCACAUUAUUUUUAAUCAAUAGAUAGGGUGUGUGUGUGUGUGUUAAGACAGCAUGUGUGUGUGUGUUAAGACAGAAGGGGUGUGUGUUAAGACAGCAGGUGUGUGUGUUAAGACAGAAGGGGUGUGUUUGUGUUUAGACAGAAGUGGUGUGUGUGUGUUAAGACAGAAGGGGUGUGUGUGUGUUAAGACAGCAGGGGUGUGUGUUAAGACAGAAGGGGUGUGUUUGUGUUUAGACAGAAGUGGUGUGUGUGUGUUAAGACAGAAGUGGUGUGUUUGUGUUUAGACAGAAGUGGUGUGUGUGUGUUAAGACAGAAGGGGUGUGUGUUAAGACAGAAGGGGUGUGUGUUUGUGUGUGUUAAGACAGAAGGGGUGUGUGUUAAGACAGAAGGGGUGGUGUGUGUUAAGACAGAAAGGGUGUGUGUUAAGACAGAAGGGGUGUGUUUGUGUUAAGACAGAAAGGGUGUGUGUUAAGACAGAAGGGGUGUGUUUGUGCUAAGACAGAAGGGGUGUGUGUUAAGACAAGAAGGCGUGUGUGUGUGUGUUAAGACAGCAGGUGUGUGUGUGUUAAGACAGAAGGGGUGUGUGUUAAGACAGAAGGGGUGUGUGUUAAGACAGAAGGGGUGUGUGUGUGUUAAGACAGAAAGGGUGUGUGUUAAGACAGAAGGGGUGUGUGUUAAGACAGAAGGGUUGUGUGUGUGUGUGUUAAGACAGCAGGGGUGUGUGUUAAGACAGAAGGGAUGGGUGUUAAGACAGAAGGGUUGUGUGUGUGUGUUAAGACAGCAGGGGUGUGUGUUAAGACAUAAGGGGUGUGUGUGUUAAGACAUAAGGUGUGUGUGUGUGUGUUAAGACAGAAGGGGGGUGUGUGUGUGUUAAGACAGAAGGGGUGUGUGUUAAGACAGAAGGGGUGUGUGUUAAGACAAAGGGGGGUUGUUAAGACAGAAGGGGUGUGUGUGUGUUAAGACAGCAGGGUGUGUGUUUGUUAAGACAGAAGGGGUGUGUGUUAAGACAGAAGGGGUGUGUUCCUCAUGGUCUCCUCACCUGUCCCAUGCAGGGGUACCUCUGAAGCCCAGGAAGGACAUGUCGUUCCUUGAGGACCAGCAGGGUCAACUGGAGGUCAGCUGGAUGUCAAAAUUCAAUGUGACCAUCGAGCCGGUCCUCCACAUCCUGCAGCGCAGGUGGAACCACGGAAUACACCCCAGCGAGGACGACGCCUCGCCCUGGCACACCGUCGUCAUGGUAACAACCCCAACCUCCGACCCCAACAAAGUGCAUGAAGUGAAGCCCAAACUGGGUCUUCCAAAGAUAUUCAGACACUUUUGGAACGGUUUGUGUCUAUGUAUUACUGAAAACCAAACUAAUUUCAGCACUAAAGCCUUCAUCAAGGUGCUAGACUGUCUAGCAGUUGAAACUGCUCUCUCACCACCCAUGCCAGUCUAUGGUGCUGCCAGCCUAAACUAGCAUGUGUGUGUUUGUACGCCCACGUGUGUGUGCGUGUGUGUGUUUCUGUCUGUGUCUACAGUGUGUGUGUGUGUAGGCUGAGGUUAGAUAAAUAACCCAAGCUUUAGGAGGGACCACAGCCAGUCAUGGUUUUUGCACGGUUGAGCCCUGUCUGACUAAAGGUCCUCAUUAUGGUAUUAGAUGGCUGUGUGGAGGCAGACUCCCAUCAGCCUCAGUUACAUCAUGAGGCCUGGAAAACAUGGAGGAACUUUACAAGGGAGAUACUGCUGCAUUGGAGGCAUUCAACACACACAGUGUAGUUCAGAAUAAGGAAAGCUGUCAGUGUCCAUGCACUGAAAAUAAUUAUCUCUGUACUCCAAACUCCAUCAAAUAGCAUAUUUAUUUGACAAGUGAUUCAACACACUCAUGCUCAUACAGACACUGCAUGGAAGAGAGCUGUACUGGAGUCAGUGGAAGAGAGCAGUACUGGAGUCAGUGGAAGAGAGCAGCACUGGAGUCAGUGGAAGAGAGCUGUACUGGAGUCAGUGGAAGAGAGCUGUACUGGAGUCAGUGGAAGAGAGCUGUACUGGAGUCAAUGGAAGAGAGCUGUACUGGAGUCAGUGGAAGAGAGCAGUACCUGAAUCAGUGGAAGAGAGCUGUACUGGAGUCAGUGGGAGAGAGGUGUACUGGAGUCAGUGGAAGAGAGCUGUACUAGAGUCAGUGGAAGAGAGCUGUACUGGAGUCAGUGGAAGAGAGCAGUACUGGAGUCAGUGGAAGAGAGCAGUACUGGAGUCAGUGGAAGAGAGCAGUACUGGAGUCAGUGGAAGAGAGCAGUACUGGAGUCAGUGGAAGAGAGCUGUACUGGAGUCAGUGGAAGAGAGCUGUACUGGAGUCAGUGGAAGAGAGCAGUACUGGAGUCAGUGGAAGAGAGCAGUACUGGAGUCAGUGGAAGAGAGCUGUACUGGAGUCAGUGGAAGAGAGCUGUACUGGAGUCAGUGGAAGAGAGCAGUACUGGAGUCAGUGGAAGAGAGCAGUACUGGAGUCAGUGGAAGAGAGCAGUACUGGAGUCAGUGGAAGAGUGCUGUACUGGAGUCAGUGGAAGAGAGCUGUACUGGAGUCAGUGGAAGUAGGCAGUAGGCCUACUCUAUGCUCUGCUCUGUAAAAGGAUACUAACUGAAACACCAAACAGUAAAGCACAGGGAGAGAUUCUAUGACCAUGUUACUCUGCAGUAAUAUUACUGGCUCUAUUGUAUAGAAUUGAACUCUAUUUCAACACCAAAACUCUGGUAUAGGAAGGCUCUUCAUUGCUUCGCUUUACAGCCUGACAGAUCUGGAAAAAAUCUCCUCCUCCAUCUUUCCCAUCCACCCCUCCCCUCUAUCCUUCCAUCCCUCCUUCCUUCCCCUCCAUCCCUCCCCUCCAUCCCUCCCUCCAUCCCGCCAUCCAUCCCUCCUUCCUUCCCCUCCAUCCCUCUCCUCCAUCCCUCCCCUCCAUCCCUCCUCUCUAUCCCUCCCUCCAUCCCUCCAUCCAUCCCUCCUUCCUUCCCCUCCAUCCCUCCCCUCCAUCCCUCCCUCCAUCCCUCCAUCCCUCUCCUCCAUCCCUCCCUCCAUCCCUCCAUCCAUCCCUCCUUCCUUCCCCUCCCUCCCUCUCCUCCAUCCCUCCCUCCAUCCCUCCAUCCAUCCCUCCCCUCCAUCCCCUCCUCUCUAUCCCUCCCUCCCCUCCAUCCUUACCUCCCCUCUAUCCCUCCCCUCCAUCCAUCCCUCCUUCCCUCCAUCCAUCCCCAGAUUCAGUGCAGUUAAGUUCCAGGCCUCAGCCCUUUUCCCAUACCCAGGCCUCGGGUCUGUCCAUGGAUCCCCACAGGGAGGCCCACAGGGAGGCCCACAGGGAGGCCCACAUGGAUCCCCACAGGGAGGCCCACAGCUCUAACACACAGCCAAACCAGCACUAAUGACACAUCACACUAAUGUGAUGAAGAAUCAAGAUGAACUCAACAAUUCCAUAAUGAUUCAGUGAAUCACUCAGAGAAAAUAACCGCUAUAAGCCAUGAAUAUGUUGUGUGUCACCAGCACCACUUGAAGAAUUGAACAGUCUGGAUCUCAUCCAUUGACUGAUGGGAGGGGAAAGCCUAUUUGUCAAGUAACUCAGUUACAGUCCAGGUCUAGCUGCAGGCAGAAUGCCUGUCAACACUGCAGUCCUACAGAGAUAUCUCCCUCUCUUCAUGGUCUAAUGGGUUCUUAUCUGACGUUGAUGGAGAUCUAAUCCGGCAUCCAGGGGCCUGUUCCAAUACUUUAUAAAUGCAUCAUUCCUUCCCUGCUUUCACCUUUUCAAUUGUGUUGGAUCAGUGAAAGGCUUACUCCCAGGAAGGGAGUAAGGAAGGAUGCAUUUUAAAUGUUUGAACUUGAACAGGAUCUAUAUGGAAUGAUAUUAUCUGACCCCUGACCUCUAACCCCCCUGUAGACGAUGGAGGACCGAGCGGUGCUGAAGGACAUCCGUCCCCACAGGUGGUACCAGUUUAGGGUGAGCGCCGUCAACAGCCAGGGCACCCGUGGCUUCACCACCCCCAGCAAACACUUCUUCUCAACCAGA